GGUAGACAACACAAACUUCCAUGAGGUAGUGGACAAAGAACACCGCCCAAAAGAGACUUUAUCUUGUAUGGGCGGAGGCAUUGUACAAGGCGGGCAUGCCAUUCAACUUCAUCCGGUUGGACAAGACGAAGGAGCUUCAUGACGUGUACAUGGAGUUGGCGGCCCGCAAUGCACGAAUGGAUUUGCCUGCCUUUGAAACCAUCCGGGCAGUCGCUUUGAAUAUUGUGUAUGACAAUGUUCGGGCACAGGUGCGGCCGCUUAUGGACAAGUGGGACAUCAGCGGUUGCACUCUCAUCACUGAUGGGACCCAAGACAGGAAGUCGAGGGCUGUGUUGAACUUUGUAGCGGCUGGAGAGAGCGGGGCUGUGCUCAUCAAGGUUGUGGAUGUCUCUGAUGGGAAGAAAAAUGCGAGAGCGUUGGCAAAGUUAUGGGAAGAGGUGAUAAGGGAGAUCGGUGUUCACAGGGUCAAUGCAAUCUACACUGACAAUGCAUCAGCGAACAAGCGAGCGGCGAAACUCCUAUCAAUGAGGACUGACAAAGCCAUUGCGAAGAUUCCUUGGAUCCCGUGUGCUGCCCACACCCUGAGCUUGCUACUGAAAGACAUAUCCAACAUCGCAUGGAUCAAGACGGUGUGGAAGAAGGGAAGGAAUUUGGUGAAGUUCAUAAAGAAUCACCAAAGCACGAUGGGGUUGCUGAGUCGGUGUUCCAUGGGAGACAGGAAGGUGCUUGUCAUGCCAACGGAGGUCAGAUUCACGUCUGUUUACCAGAUGUUGAUUCGUAUAUGGGACAGGAGACAUGUGCUGAAGCACAUGAUGGACAACGGCUGGUUGGACAUCUACUGGAGCAGCUGGAAAGACAGGGAGGAUGCAGAGGAUAUCUUCGCUCAUGUGAGAUGUGACAUCAGGUGGCAGAAGGUGGACACCAUUCUCUCCAUCAUGAAACCCAUAUACGACCUGCUGCGAAUGAUGGACAGUGAUGGGGUGGCACUUUCACAGCUGUGGCGCUUCGACGACCUCCUCAAGAACCGGAUGCAGACCAUGUCAGGUGUGACCAGCGAGCAGCACCACGAGAUAAUGAAGCUGGUCGUCGAUCGUUGCAAGAUGAUGCGUCAGCCAGCCCAUGCAGCAAACUUCUUGUUGUCACCUGCGCGGAGGGACCCCAGAUGGUUGCUGAACAAUCUCUCCCCACUCGUCCACAAUGGAUUGAAGUUCUUCUUGACACAGUUGGGCGGGAACUCUUGGGGCGAUUUGGACUCUCACGAGGAAGUGUGGAACAGCCUGUGGACAUUUCAUUGCCGACCACCGAAGGAGAAGAUGAAGGAUGAGGACUUGACGAAUCGGUUCGCUGUUGCCGACGCAUCUUUGGAGAGGAAGACAGCCUCUCAAUGGUGGGGCUUGUACGAGUCAAAGCACAUCGAAUUGCAGAAAAUCGCAAUGCGGGUGACGGCAUGUGGAGCACGGCAACGCCAUUUGUUGUGGGUUUCUAGGUGCACGACUGACGGGUUCAUUGACCUGUGGGCAACCUUCUUCGACGAGCCUGAGGCACCUCUAGAGGCGAACGAUGCAGCCAAGGAUCGCCGUGAAGUGGACAAGGAGGAGGAGGCGGCGAGGGUUGCACGCCCGAAGAAAAUUCCGAAAGGGAGGCUUCCCGCUGGCUUGUUGAGCGAUGAUUCUGGGAACAGUGACAACGAGGACUUGGCGUGGUGUGACAAGGUGGACAACAGGGUGCAUCGAGCACGAGGUGGAAAGGGGAAAGGGAAGGCCGCUGUGGUUGAAGACGAGGAGGACGAGUGGGAUGAUGCUGAUGAUGAUGACACCGACUCAGAUUUUGAAAUUCGUCCACACACGGGUUGCACGGACUCUAACACGGACGGAGGACGGGCCGACUUGUGGGACGUGCCUGAAGCGACGUGUCACUUGUACAAUGACGAUGACCUCAUCGUUGAGGACAGUGAGGCACGUGAUCGCAGGGUCAGAGCGGAAGCACAAUCUCUGGCGGACAGGGAUCAUGUAAUGGUGCAACAGCGUAUGGCAAAGGAAAACUCACGUCGACUAGCAGUCCCCGCACACCUGAGAACCGUGGAGGGGCAUGUGCAGCAACAGGCCGAGCAACGACCACAGGAGCCGGUGCAGCAGCUGGUGGAGCAGAAUCCGCAGCGGGUGGUGCGGCAGCAGCAGGAGCAGCGCCCGCAGCAGAAGCAGCAGAAGCAACAUGAGGUGGAGCCAGAGCGGCAGCAAGUGGAGCAGCAGUUGCAGCAGGACAUGGAGCGGGAGCAGCAGAAUGUGAAGCAGCAACAACAACAACACAACGAAGAGCAACAACAACUGCAGAACGAAGAGCAGCACCAACAACCGAGCCAACAGUCGGGCCAGGAGCAGCACACGGGUCAGCAGCAGCAGCAAACGGAUCAACAGCAGCACCUCGUCGAGCAGCAGCAACAACAGCCAAGGGAUCAGCAGCAACAGGACGUGGAGCAGCAGCAGCACGAUGAUGAGCAGCAGCAACAGGACGUGGAGCAGCAACAACAGCAAGCGGAGCACCAUCAGCAGUCGCAGCGCGAUGUAGAGCAGCAGCAGCAGCAGCAGCCAAGAACAACAGCAGCAGCCGCAACAGUGACCACUACGACAGACACUGCACCAGAAGCUGUUGCUGGCUCCAGCUUUUACUGCCCACCACCGAUGCCUCGCUUGGACGAGGCCAUGGUCCAUGACAACAUGGACAUUAGCAGGUCUGGGAGGAAGAGAAAGGUUCCCGUGGAACCUGCCGUUGCGAAGCGCGGGCGAGGGCGCCCAAGGAAGGGAGAGGGGAAGUCUGCUGCGGCAGUACCUGUUCUGCCCCCCAUGGCGACAGCGGCCGGUAGGCCGAAACGCAAACAACGGAAGCGGGUGGUGGUCGAGGAUGACCCCACCGGGGCAGAGGACAGCAGCGACGGGCAACGGGAGUCGCUCUCAUGCACAUGUCUCAUCAGCAUCUUCUUCUUCUUCUUCUUCUUUCGUACUCUUCUUCUUCUUCUUUCGUACAGACUCUACGGUGACUACACUGCGGUAGUUGUUUCUUAAGGUUCACAAACGAUGGAUCCGCACGC